AUGAAAAUUCUGGUUCUUCUUGGACUCUUGGGAACUACAUUGUCAGCCCCACUUAUCCCCCAGCGUCUUUUGUCUGCUAGCAACAGCAAUGAGCUGCUUCUGAAAUUGAACAAUGCCCAACUUUUGCCACUGCAGCUUCAGGGCCCAUUUAACUCAUGGACUCCUUUCUCUGGUGUUGUUCAACAGCAGGCUCAAAUCCCAGGACUCCCCCAGUUCUCUUUACCAACUCUAGAGCAGCUUGCUGGAUUGUUCCCCAGUCAGAUACCUUUCUCAGGACAGGCCAGUUUUACCCAAGCAGCCCAGGCAAACCCACUGGAUCCUUCACAGCCUCAAACAGCACCGCAGACCCAACAUGGCCCUAACCAUGUGUUACCCUAUGUAAUUGCCCUCAAACUGCCUCAAGAGCAAACACAGAUGCUUCAGUACUACCCAGUUUAUGUGCUUCUACCAUGGGACCAACUUCAACAAACAGCCACUCAGUCACCUCCACUAACGGGACAACAGAAAUUUGAGGAGCAGGUACCAGUCUAUAAUCAAUAUGGAUACAUUCCACAACAAGCAGAACCUGCUACACCAGGCAGACAGCAACAACCAGCUUUUGAUCCUCCAUUGGGCACGGUUCCUGAAAUCGCUGUGCUGCCAGCAGGAGGAGUGAUACCAUAUUUACAAAAAGGAAUGAAAAGCAUUAGGCAUGACAGUGGAGGAGUUUUUAUGCCUCCAGCUUCACCCAAAUCCAGCAAAGCCAAUGUUCUCACUUCUACUAUACUCCCACCACUUACCCCAGAGCUCCCGGAAAAGAAGGCCAAGACCGAUAGCCUAAGAGAACCAUAA